AAAUCAAACAAAUCGAAUUUCCAACCAUGUCCAAACGAGCCCUCGAAAAAUUUGUCAUUUGACAAACAAAUAGAACCCCUCCAGUAUCUCUCCCCCUCAAACCCUAAAACCUCUCGCUCUUUGCCUCCUCUAUCUUCCUUCCAAAAUCCUCUUAACAGUUUAGAAAAAUGGGAAAAGAGGCGACUAACGAGAAGUCACAGCUUGCUCACACUGUAGAGCAGCUCAUUGCUGUUAACCCUUACAACCCAGAUAUCCGCCCCGAUCUUGAAAACUAUGUUAACGAACAGGUUUCGUCUCAAACAUACAAUCUGGAUGCAAAUCUUUGCCUGCUUCGUCUUUAUCAGUUUGAGUCGGAGAGAAUGAGUACACCAAUUGUUGCUCGUAUUUUGGUUAAGGCUCUAAUGGCAAUGCCAGCUCCAGAUUUCAGCCUCUGUCUCUUCCUAAUCCCGGAACGAGUGCAAAUGGAAGAGCAAUUCAAGACACUAAUUGUUCUCUCUCACUACUUAGAGACUGCAAGGUUCCGCCAAUUUUGGGAUGAAGCUGCAAAGAGCCGCCACAUAGUUGAAGCUGUCUCUGGUUUUGAACAAGCAAUUCGAGCAUACGCUGUUCAUGUCCUUUCAAUAACCUACCAGAAAGUUCCGAGGGCGAUUCUUGCAGAGGCUAUCAACAUUGAGGGUGUGUCGUUGGAUAAGUUCCUUGAGCACCACGUAUCGAACAAUGGUUGGGUUAUUGAAAAAGGUCAGAGUAAGGCCCAACUCAUCACCCUUCCUCGAACUGAAUUCAACCAUCCAGAGCUUAAGAAAAAUACUGUUGAUAGUGUUCCACUGGAGCACGUUACGCGUAUCUUCCCAAUUCUUGGCUGAAAACCUGCAUGUUGCAUCGGUAUAGAAUCUGGAGUUGCUUCAAAGUUGAGAGACCAAUUUUUCAUUGUUAAACACAUUUGAUUGUAGGUCCUUGCAUUUUGCGGACUUCUUUUUAUUGCCAGUCAAUUUAUUUUCGGAACAUGUUCAAUAUACUUAUUGCUCGGCAAGUUUAUAAUUUAGUUGAAAUGGGCAAUGUUAACUUAUUGUCCAGGGAACUUUUGAGUCAAA